AUGACCUCUCAGCCCCAUACUCGCACCUCCCCCUCUCCACCGCCCAGCGUCGCCACGGCGUCGUCACGAUCAACAUCAGCACCAUCGCAAACACCAUCGCAAACACCAUCGCAAACACCAUCGCAAACACCAUCGCAAACACCACUAUGCACUUUACGCGUGCAGAUCCUCGCCGCCAAGGAUCUCGCAGCCAAGGACAGAAACGGAAAGUCGGAUCCCUUUGUCGUCGUCAGCUUGCCCGGCUCGGCUUGCUCGUCUCACCACGCUGCUGCUCAUACCACCGUCCAGCAAAAGACGCUCGAUCCCGCUUGGAAGCCUGAGGAAGCGACCUUUGACUUUGCCGUGCUGCCAGACUGGUUUGGCCCUCGCUUUUCAGCUGUAGCUAGCAACCACAUGCAUUCCAGCCUAGUUCAAGCUGCUAUCCAACAGGCCAUGUCCGCCACUGAUCCCAAUGCGAAUCCAGCUAGCCUCACUCCUGAUGCUGCUACCAAGUCCAGGCCUCGUCUCAACCUUUGCUCUGCUUCCAAGAUCCUCAUUGCUCCUGUUCGACUCGGUGCUGCAGGUGCUCGAGUGGUGGGAAGGCAAAUGCCCAGACCCAUGCGUCUUGGUCGUAAACCUCGUCCUUCUUGUUCCUCCCCCUUACCAGCCGACACCCUCCCGCUUUCCAGCUCCACAGCAGUCCUUCAGGACGUCAGAGCACCUCGUGGCUCCAUCCAGCUCGACGCUUCCAACGGCAUGGUCUCCACCCUCGAGUUUGUCAUCUGGGACAAGGAUCGCUUUUCAGGCGAUGACUACAUGGGUGAAUGCUCUCUUCCUGUAGCUCAGUGGUGUAGAGAUGGUCUUGCCCAUUGGUCCAAGGCGCAGCCACUUUGGUUGCCCCUCGAAUCCACACAUCCAGAUGCAAAGAUCAGCGGCCAGUUGCACGUCAAGAUUGGCUUUCUGCCUCUUUCCCAUUCCGCAUCGACAAAUCCCUCUUCCACAAAUCCCUCUUCCACAAACCCCUCUUCCACAAAUCCCUCUUCCGAUGCUACAUCGCCGAUGGCAUCUUGGUCAAUCGAUCAGAUCUAUCACCGUCUCGUGUUGGCUGCACUGGGUGCAACCGGUGCUGCAGUCCGUGCCGUUCCUGCAUCUCAGUCCGUCGGUACUACAGCUGCUGCAGAAGCCUUUGUCGAUGACGGCUUGAGCAGCAGCAGUGAGGAAGAUGACCAUGACACAGACCGCUACACUGAAGAAGAAGAAGAAGAUGAUGAUGAUGAUGAUGAUGAUGACGACGACGACGAUGGUGAUGAUGAUGAUGAUGAUGAUGAUGAUGAUGACGAGGGAGACUACUUUGUCGCAACAUCCGAAGCCGAGCCCAGCGACUUCAACCAAGCUGCAACGGGUGGUGUUGAGUUUGAUUCAGACAAUGAAGCUGUCUAUGACCAACACUACCUCUCCAUCGCCGGUGGCCUCCCCACAUCCUCCUCUUGGCAGUCUGCAGGCGCUCCUGCUCUGCUGACUCCACCACCAAGACAACAGGCUCAACCAACCCGGGCCAAGUAUCGACGCAUGUUUUCACUCAACAAGGCUCCCAAAUCGGCACAGACAUCUGGCACUACAACACCUGCUGAAGGCCUGAGCUCCGAUUUCGAUCCAUCAAGGCUAACAACGCCUCUGGAGUCUGCUGCAGUCGCAGCCGAAAAGCCACGCACAAACAGGCGAUUGCCAGGCGUCAAGCGAUUGAAGCAAAGCGCUGCACUGCCACCUUCUGCCGCCCACACAGACGCUGCUGCCGACCAAGGUGCUGCUGCUGUCAAGCGUCCUCCUGCUCGACCCAGAAGGAGCGGUGGCAAGCGUGGCGGCAAACGCGGCGAAUACGCCUUCAAGGCCGAGAUGGGUAUGGACAUCAUCGGCAUUGUCAUGAUGGAAGUCAAGCGUGCCUCUGAUCUUCCUCGCUGGUCCAACAUGACCCACACCGGUUUCGACAUGGAUCCCUUCACCAUCAUCAGUUUUGGUCAGAAGAUCUUCCGCACACGAGUUGCCCGACAUACCCUCAAUCCUACGUGGAACGAAAAGCUUCUCUUCCACGUCCGAAGACACGAGACCAACUUUCAGGCCAAGUUCAUGAUCUACGACUGGGAUCGCAUGUCGUCCAACGACUAUGUCGGUGGCACACAGAUUGCAGUCGCAGAUCUCCUCGAUGCUGCGCCCAAGCCGGACCCGCAGACGCGUUUGUACAAGACCGACGAUGAGGGCAUCCUCGGCAAGAUGAAGGCCUUCACUCUGCCUCUGGUUCGCAUCGAAAAAGACGAGCAAGUCAAGUUCAAAACGACCAAAAAGCAACCCACGCUCACAAUCCAGGCCAAGUUUACGCCUUAUGAUGCACUACGUCAGCGCUUCUGGAGGCAGCUGGCUCAGCAAUUCGACACCAACGAUAGUGGCACACUCUCGCGUCUUGAGCUUUCCAGCAUGCUCGACAGUCUUGGAAGUACACUCAGCAUAAAGACGCUCGACAGCUUCUUCCUUGAAGUCAACAAGAACCCAGAGGAGGAUGAGCUGACGAUCCAAGAGACCAUCCUUGCUUUGGAGGCCGAGGUGCAAAAGCCUUGGGAUCGCAAGAGGAAAGCAGCAGCAACCCCUCUGGGUCUCAAUAGUGGUGCUCAGACGCCUUCUCUGUUUGGAGGUGUGAGCGAUGUUGGAACCGACUCGAAUCAGGAUAUGGAUUUCAGCGGUGCUGAUGCGCCGCCCGGUCAGCCUGCUGGAGAUGGCAGCGGUGCUCGACCUGUGCCGCCGCAGAGGAUGGCCUCCGGAAACAGCAGCAACGGCGGCAAUGUUCCUGGCGCGAUAAUGACCAACUCGGGUGAUAUGAUGCGCACCUUGGAUCGUGACUUUUCCGCGCUGUCGAGCAAUACUUCAGCCUCGAGCUGCGGUAUGCUCUCCACCUCAUUCACGCCUCCGCUUAUCAAUGUCGAAGGCGAGAACUCGUCAGCUGAGGAUGGACAAGCACCAGAAAGAGUGGUCCGAUUGCAGUCCUGCCCACUCUGCCACAUGCCUCGCUUACACAAGAAGGGCGAGAUGGACAUUAUCACCCAUCUCGCCGUCUGUGCUUCUCAGGAUUGGAGACGAGUAGACAGUCUCAGUGUGCGCAACUAUGUUACUGCAAGCCAAGCGCAUCGCAAGUGGUAUACCAAGGUUGUCAACAAGAUCAGCCAGGGCAACUACUCGCUUGGUGCCAACAGCGCCAACAUUAUCGUUCAGGACCGUCUCUCGGGCGAGCUGAUGGAAGAAAAGAUGCAGGUCUAUGUGAGAUUGGGCAUCCGACUUCUCUAUCAGGGUGCAAGAUCGCGCAUGGAGGGCGCAAGAGUCAAGAAGAUGCUCAAGAACAUGAGUGUCAAACAGGGAGUCAAGUUUGACAGCCCUGCCAGUGCACGCGAGAUCCCGACGUUUAUCGCUUUCCACAACCUCAACACAGACGAGAUCAGGGAUCCCUUGGACAGCUUCCAAACUUUUAACCAGUUUUUCUACCGCAAGCUCAAACCGGAAGCACGACCGAACGAACAAGGCGACAAUGCCAGCAGGUUGGUCAGUGGAGCCGACUGUCGAAUGAUGGCAUUCCCUACCGUCUCGGAAGCGACGCGCAUUUGGAUCAAAGGCCGCGAUUUCUCCAUAGCUCGCUUACUCGGCGAUGCAGCCAAAGAGAUCGCCGACAUUGAGGCAUACCAGACUGGUGGAGCACUUGCCAUCUUCCGUCUGGCACCGCAAGACUACCAUCGAUUCCACUGCCCCGCAGACGCCACCGUCGGCAAGCUGACUUGGAUGAGAGGACAGUACUACACGGUCAACCCAAUGGCAGUGCGUAGCGCGAUCGAUGUGUAUGGCGAGAAUAUCCGCGUUAUUGUACCGUUCCACUCGCAACAGUUUGGAACCUUCUACGCCGUCUGUAUCGGAGCAAUGAUGGUCGGAAGCACAGUGCUGACCGUCAAGGAGGCUGAGGAGGUGAAAAGGGGACAGGAGUUUGGCUAUUUCAAGUUUGGCGGCAGUACGAUUGUCCUCGUGUUUGAGAGGCAGAGGGUCGAAUGGGACGAGGAUCUUGUGGAUAACAGUAAAGCGGCGAUUGAGACGCUUGUCAAGGUAGGGAUGGGGGUGGGCAGAGCACACCAGAAGCUCUGA